GCCGGAUGGUGCUGGGCGGCGGGGUGGGAGUGGCGCGGAGCUGCGGGAGCGGGAAUUGCGGCCCGUGGGAUCUGCAAGCCAACCCUUUAAAAAAUGACCACACCAAACAAGACACCUCCUGGUGCUGACCCUAAGCAGCUGGAAAGGACUGGAACAGUGCGGGAAAUUGGGUCACAAGCUGUUUGGUCACUCUCAUCUUGCAAACCAGGAUUUGGAGUGGAUCAGUUACGAGAUGACAAUCUGGAAACUUACUGGCAGUCAGAUGGUUCCCAGCCUCAUUUAGUGAACAUCCAAUUCAGGAGAAAAACAACAGUGAAGACAUUAUGCAUUUACGCAGACUACAAAUCUGAUGAAAGCUAUACUCCAAGCAAGAUCUCGGUCAGAGUAGGAAAUAAUUUUCACAAUCUUCAAGAAAUUCGGCAACUUGAAUUGGUGGAACCAAGUGGCUGGAUACAUGUUCCUUUAACUGAUAAUCAUAAGAAGCCAACGCGCACAUUCAUGAUCCAGAUUGCUGUUCUAGCCAAUCACCAAAAUGGAAGAGAUACCCACAUGAGACAGAUUAAAAUAUACACACCAGUGGAGGAGAGCUCCAUUGGUAAAUUUCCUAGAUGUACAACUAUUGAUUUUAUGAUGUAUCGUUCAAUAAGGUGACUUUAAAAUGGAACAGAUGUCAUUAAACGUAUUUUUGUUUUAUCCAGUUAUUGAAUAUUAUAUCAAGUAUCUUUAUUAAAAAGGCCUCAGUUAUUCUGCAUUUUUGUAAACAUUUAAACGUAUUAUACCUUUGAUAAAUAUCAAUUUGGAUAAAUUACCUUUUUUCUUUAAUAAAUAAUGAAGGUCAUGUAU